AUGGAGGGGAUCGCCAAUGCAGAGAAUCCUCCAGCUGGAUAUGGCCGGGGAUACUCUGCAGACGUUGAUACAAUUCGCGAGCAGGAAUAUCCUUUAAUGAAUGAGACAACAUACCUCGACCAUGCGGGGACAACACCCUAUGCCAAAUCCAUGAUCGAGACUUUCUCGCGGCACAUGAUUUCAAAUCUAUAUGGAAACCCUCACUCAUUGUCUCUGUCGUCGCAGCUUUCCACGCAACGGACAGACGAUAUAAGGCUGCGGGUCCUGCGCUUCUUCAACGCCGACCCGGAAGAGUUCGACCUAGUCUUUGUGGCAAAUGCAACCGCGGCCAUCAAGCUCGUCGCCGAUUCCUUUCGAGAUUCCGACCACCGCGGUUUCUGGUAUGGCUAUCAUGUCGACGCCCAUACCAGUAUCGUCGGUGUGCGAGAAUUAGCGGAUAUGGGCCAUCAAUGCUUCCAAAGUGAUGCUGAGGUGGAUGCUUGGAUUUCUGAGCUAGCCAGCAAUCAGACCAAGGCGCCGAGGCUCUUUGCCUUUCCGGCCCAGUCAAACAUGAAUGGUCGCCGCCUCCCACGUAGAUGGUGUGAGCAGAUCCGUUCGGCCGCAAGUGACGGCGGAGGUAAUGUUUUCACUCUUCUCGAUGCAGCCUCCCUUGUAUCAACAGCUCCGUUGGACCUGGGAUCCGUGGAAGCAGCUCCAGAUUUCACAGCGCUCAGCUUCUACAAGGUCUUCGGGUUCCCUGAUCUGGGAGCUUUGAUCGUCAAGAAGAGUGCAGCUCACGUCUUUGAGAGACGCCGGUUCUUCGGCGGUGGAACCGUUGACAUGGUCCUUGCACAUGGUUUACAGUGGCAUGCGAAAAAGGAAAGCUCGAUCCACGAACGUCUUGAAGAUGGAACACUUCCAUUCCACAGCAUCAUUGCUUUGGAUGCGGCCCUCGACACUCAUCAACGGUUAUAUGGCUCGAUGGCCAAUAUUUCCGCACAUACUGCAUGUCUGGCCAAACGCCUCUAUGACCGAAUCUCUGUAUUGAAGCAUUGGAACGACACGAAAGUUUGUCAGAUCUACCAGCUAAAUUCAGUCUACGGGUGUCCUCAAACACAAGGCCCAAUUGUUGCCUUCAAUCUUCGGAAUAGCCUUGGGGAAUGGAUCCCGAAGACAGAAGUGGAAAAAUUGGCUACAGUGCAGAACAUUCAAAUGCGAUCCGGGACUGUUUGUAAUCCUGGAGGAACUGCAUCAUCUCUUGGAUGGACAGGUGCCGAACUGCGUCGCCAUUACUCCACGGGGCUGCGCUGCGGUGAUGACCAUGAUAUAAUCGAGGGGCGGCCAACUGGCAUUUUGCGAGUCAGCCUGGGUGCAAUGACAAACAUGAAAGAUAUCGAUUCCUUGGUCGACUUCAUCGAGGAAUUCUAUGUUGAGAAAACCCCUCCCAUUGUCGCACUGAACCCGCCUCUGGAGGAAAACCAAGUGAUGGGUCGGCACUUCUACGUUGAAAGUCUUUCAGUCUUUCCCAUCAAGAGCUGUGGCGCCUUCAAGAUCCCCGAGGGAAAGCGUUGGGAGAUAAAGCGAGAAGGACUAGCCUGGGACCGUGAAUGGUGUCUUAUCCACCAAGGCACAGGCGCCGUCUUGAACCAGAAACGGUACCCUCGCAUGGCACUCAUCCGCCCAUCCGUUGACCUUGAUCGUGGCGUUCUCCGAAUUACCUGCGGCAUCAUGACAGAUCAAGUGAGUCUCGAGAUCUCCCUAGACUGGGAAGAUACCAGUCUCAUUUCGACCUCCCUCUGUUCAAACUCUAGCAAGAAGUCCACCGUAUGCGGUGACCAGAUAUCUCUGCACGCAUAUGCGUCACCAGUGGUGUCCGCAUUCUUUUCUGAUUUCCUCGGCGUCCCUUGUACACUCGCGCGAUUCCCAGCACAAACCGCCAACCGGUAUUCACGACCGCCUCGCUUGUCGGGUAACCGGAAGAGCAGGUACCGCAAGUUCAUUAUGCCAGGUUCCUUCCCGCCAGACCUACCACCUCCUGCACAGGAGACUGGCCAAAAGCCUCUCCUUCUAGCCAACGAAAUGCCUAUCUUGGUUGUCUCACGCUCGUCAGUGAACCGACUGAAUGAGACCAUCAAGGCCAACACAAAGCACGGUGCAGGUGGCAGCAAGGCCGUUGCCGCAGACGUCUUCCGAGGUAAUAUCGUCGUCGCAGAAAGCCUGACUCAACUCGGAGAUGCGGAGCAGCCAUACGCUGAGGAUUACUGGUCAGAUAUUCGCAUUGGGCCCGACCAACUUCGGAUAGACGUGCUAGACGCGUGCCAGCGCUGCCAGAUGGUCUGCAUUGACCAGUUCACCGGAACUCGACGCAACGAGCCGUUUUCCACGCUUGCAAAGACGAGGAAUAUAGAGGGCAAGGUUUCGUUUGGUAGAUAUGCAGCACUGUCACGGGAGGAGAUGGAGGGCUUCGAGCUGGAACCGGACCGCAGGACGGUCAUGGUGGGCGAUGUGGUGACGCCCACAUACCACGAUGACUGA